GUGCUCAGGUGAGCGAUGUGGCCCAUGGGCCUUUUGUUAUUUUCCAGGACUAAGCAGAGUUGCUUUAAUUGUGGUGGUGAUCACAGAAUUAAUGAGUGUACAGAACCCAAAGACUUUAGAAGAAUCAGGGAAAACAAGAACAAAUUCCUGCAGCAAGCACAGAUGCAGAAACAAUCGUCACAAAGAUACCAUGCAGAAGAAGAGUUGGAUCCAAGAUUUGCUUCUUUUAAGCCUGGUGUCAUUAGUCCUGGUUUACGUAGAGCAUUGGAGAUCUCUUCAAAAGAGCUACCUAUUUACAUUUAUCGCAUGAGGGAUCUGGGAUAUCCACCAGGCUGGAUGCAAGAGGCUUUGUUGAAAGAUUCAGGGAUAUCUAUAUUUGACAAAGAUGGAAAUGAAGUGUUAGUAACAGGAGAAAUGAUGGAAGAUGGUGAAAUAAAGGAUCGUAUCCCAAAUGAUGGUCAGAUUGACCCUGAGAAGAUUAUAGAGUACCCAGGAUUCACAGUUGAUCCACCGGAAUGUGUUAAAGAUGAAUAUGAAAAAUAUGGAUAUCUUCCAAUGCAGCAUUGCCAACUUGUUACAACACUGAAAAGGGAUUUACAAGAAUUGGCAGAAAGCAGGAAAAGGAAAUUUGAGGAUGGCACAGAAUCUGAGAGAAGGCGACAGAAACUGAGGUCAGAGGAAGGUGAUGACAUGGAUAUUGAGGAAGAAGGAACUGUAAAAUCUGUCAAUGGCCAUGUCUUUGUACCACCUUUACCUUUGGAUACUCCUCCUACAAGGCCACCCCUACCCAAAGAAACUCCACCCCACACUCCACCAGUCCCAAAGCUGAGUCUACCCAAGGUAGCGCGAGAGAUCUCAAUGACAGAAUCAGAGAGAUCUGAGUCUCCUUCACUGGAGGAACUGGAAGGGCAGCUAAAGCUGUUACAGGAGAAGCUGGUGUCAGGUGAGGCUGAUACAGAUCUGCUGGAUAGCUGUGUAACCAGUGAUGAGGACAGUAACUCGGAGGUGGCCGGACUCCUGGCCCUAAAGCAGAAAAUUCUAAAGAGGACAGAUUCAAUCUCUUCUAUACAGACAUUUGGUGAGCUUGGUUCUGGUGGAUCAUGUCCUAGCACACCUCAAACACCCAACAUUUCCCUCAGUGAUGUGAACCCUCUUAGCAGUUUACAUCAGAGCAAUUCUAUAUCCAAGGAUUAUGGUACCCCCAUUUUAAAGGGACCAGUUGAGUCAUUGCCUGAUUCUUCUAAAUUUGGUGAAGGUAUAGAGGAUCACAUUCCGUAUGAGAAUCUACCAGACGCCACUGGAACAUUUGACAAAAUCAGAGACCUUAUAAAUAAAGUCAGAACUAUGAAAAAGAAAAAGUAAUUCUUAAAUUGCAGAAAGUGAUCAGAAUUAAACAUUGAUCACAAAUUGAUGACACAAUUUCAUACUUUUAUACUGUUCAUAUUUUGCAGCAAUUCAUUCAUGAUAAAAUGUUGUAUCAAA